AAAAAAUAUUUACAAGAUCCUCCGCGUUACGCCCUCUGGCGUUAAUCUACCGUCAUUGCAACAAGGCUAAAGUGACAGGUUGCCAUGGCUACGGACACAUUGGAUAAGCGGUUAGGAGUGAAAAAGAAGGCACGAUUGUUGGAGACAUAGCGCUUCUUUUACCGGGCAUCAUAAACUUCGCCGCAACUAGCUGCAUUCUUGAAAUUACUGCACACAGCAAUACAGGAGACCGGUGACUAUAUCUUUACUUUUACACUGGAGUCUCCAAAGUCUUUGACAUAGUAGUUACUAGCUAGGCGGGUAAGCGCUAAGCUAACGCAGUUUUAGGGCGAGUAAACAUUCACAAUGGAUUCUGGGACUAAACUGGAAGAACUUCAGCUGACGACGGACGAAAUAAACCGUUUAAGCAAAGCCCUAAAGGAUGAGAAGUUCCGUCAGAUGCUACACGAAUACGCCGAGGAGAUAUCAAAACCAGAAAAUAAGAAAAAGUAUGAAGAGGAAAUCACACAGUUAGAGCAGGAAAGAGGCAUGAACGUGCAGUUCGUCCAUCCCAAACCGCACCACGUCUUGAAGACGAGCGUUAACGGGAAAGAAAAGUGCUUCAUCAACAUCUGCUCCAACGACGUGAUCAGCAAGCCUACAUGUGAAGCUGGUAGCGGAAAGGACGGCAGGGUGGGUCAGCGCUGGUCAUUGCCGUACAGUCUGGCACCGGGGAGAUCUGACGGAGACGCCAAAGGGAACACGUGCACGAUAUACGACGUCGUUUUCCAUCCGGACACACUUUACAUAGCGGGAAAGAACGCGAGGUUUAUGAAGCUCGUCAACAGCACUGCCAUCCAAGGGGUAGAAGAUGCAUUUAAAGUCAAACUGGACAAAUUGAAUGCAAAGGUAUUGAAAAUCCAAUACAAAGGUGUGCCUCACCCAGCUGUCAUACGAAAGCCUAUUCCUGGUCACCCUGGACAAGAUAAAGCUUCUCCCGAUGAGAAACUUCUGCCCAUUCGCUACCCGGACACUGCACCAAAUGAAAAGCCCACCACUGCUCCUCCCCAGGAUCAUCAGAAUCCUAUCAAAGAGAGUUCCUCAGCACCCAGACAGCCCACAAAACCACACUACACUGUAAAAUACAGAUCAGUGGUGGAUCUGCUGGACUACAGAUGUUCUAGGGACUCUGCACCGGGUCCACGCCCCAAAGAAAUUAUUGUCACCAUUGAUUUGCCCCUCAUCAAAUCUGCUGGAGACGUUGACCUAAAUGUGACAGAAAGAAGUCUGGUCCUGGAGUCUCAAAAGCCGGCCUACAAACUGGAGCUACAGUUAUCUUAUCCUGUGGAUAAUGACAAAGGAGAUGCCAAAUUCAACAAGGCUAAAAAACAGCUCACCAUAACUCUACCUGUUCUGCCAGCUAAGGAAUCUGCUGUAGUUCAUCCUGAGGGGAAGCAGCCCGUAAGUGAUGAGGAGGAGAGAGAUGGCAGGGACAGUGCAGACAGAGCUGAGGGAGAGGUAUGUGAAGCAAAAGAUGUGGCCUCUGUGGACAAAGAUGAAUACAAUGAUACUUAUCUCUCAGAUUCUAGUUGUAAUGCUCAGUGUCUUAGAGACAUGCCUGUGCAGGAUCAUGAAAGUGAGCUUCAGCUGACAGUUGACAGGGUAGAGAGUAAAACAGAUUGUUUGGAACCUCUCUGUGAUCCCUCACAGUCAAGCAAGGCAGUAGAUGCACUGCUCAUCUGUGAAGAAACCAACACUGAGACAUAUGUAUCAGAGGAGAAUAGCACUGAUGAGACAGAAGAUUGCCUCCUCCCUGGGACAGAGUUCUGCACCUCAAAGAUGUCCUCCAAGCAUCACAGUACGGAACACACUGGAAGCUGCAGUUUAGGAGAGGAGGGGAAGUGUUCAAAUGUUGAACCCACAGCACUUUCCACUGUUCCACCUGUUGCUGUACUUGAAAAUGUCAAACAGUGUCCUCAGAGAGCUGAAAUAGCAGAUGUUUUGCAACAUAAGCUCACUGUAGCACAGCAAGAAAUGAUUCAUGGCGUAUCAAAUUUAGAACAAGAGUCCCGUGAUUUUCCAUGUGAUCCCUACAGCUCAUCCCAACAGCCCAUUCAAAAGUCUGUGGUGGAGCCUUCAGUGAUCAGUGUUGGUCCUUCCCAACUAAAUUCUACUCUGGAUGAGGAUAUCAUUAAGACCGUGAGCCUCCCUGAGGAGACUGGAAUGCUGGCUGAAGAGAAAGUGGUGAACAGUUCACCUGAACAGAUCAGGCCUACACCAGAAAACAAGGACAUUGUGUUUUCAUCUUUCACAAAGAAAGUCGAGGCACAGCUAAAAGAACAAGUGGACAGUGUUCAUUCUUCUGAGCAGAGCCAAACAGAGUUCAAAAUGAAAACCACUGCCCUCCUGAGAGAGAAAAACCCUGAGGAUGGCAGUGAGGUUAUUAUAGGUGACCAUGCUACAUACGCUGGCCUCACCUUCCAGAAUUCUCUGUGGUUUGAAUUGGACUAAUGACCUGCUUACAUUCAACAAUUACAAUGACUUGUAACUCCAGAAAUUUAAAAUACAUUCACAUCCUUUGUGUUUCUGUGGGUUGUGACAAAUCUUCUAAAUGUAGAUGUGUUAGGACUUUAUUGAAUAUAGU